ACGUCAUUGCUUCCGACUCUCGAAUUCAGUCGAGUCGCCAUCGUGUACACGGAUUCGUAGUUCAUCCACACAAAAUUAAUCACAAUGUAGCGCAGUAUUUGAGAGUUAUUUUCAGAAUUUCCCGUUUUAUUUUAUAGAUGAAGCUGUGACAGUAUCUAAGUUUUUACCAUGUCUUUGGAGGAUCCGUUCUUUGUCGUGAAAGAGGAAGUUGAGAAAGCGGUGAAUACAUCGGAAGGGCUUUAUCAAAGAUGGUGCGAACUCUUGGAUGACACAAACUCCGUUGGCAAGGAGGAAUACGAUUGGACAACAAAUGAACUCAGGAAUAGUCUCCGAAGCAUCGAGUGGGAUCUGGAGGAUCUGGAAGAAACCAUUGGUAUCGUCGAAGCCAAUCCAAGGAAGUUCAAGUUGGAGCAAAAUGAGUUGGAAAUCAGACGACAGUUUGUCGUCGAUACCAAGACAAAAGUGGCAGAAAUGAAGGAGCACAUGGCCAGUCCAAGUACAAGAUCAAGAGAAGAAAAGAAAACGAGACAGGCUUUGAUGAAUAAUGGACCGAGUAAAUCUCAGGGUAAAUACAGUCGAUUGGACAACGAGAUGGAAGAAAAUAACCAGAAUUACGUCGACGAAUCACGUCAGCAACAACAGCUUUUAAUGGAAGCUCAGGAUGAUGACUUAGUUCGUGUAUCGGACAGCGUCGGGGUCUUGAAGCACAUGGGACAGACAAUAGGCAAUGAAUUGGAGGAGCAAGCAGUCAUGUUAGAUGACUUUCACACGGAGAUGGAGAACACAGAAACAAAGUUGGAUGCCGUCAUGAAGAAGAUGGCCAAAGUCACUCACAUGUCAAGCGAUCGGAGGCAAUGGAUGGCCAUCCUAGUAUUAGUAAUCGUUAUGAUUAUUGUUCUUAUUUUAUUUUUCCUGCCUAUAUGAAGCUAUGACUGUUCCUCGGGAAAACAACAUCAACAACAAACAAACAUUUAAAUGUCAUCUUAAGAGCUAAGGGAUCUCAUGAUUUCGGAUUUACUGCUUGUGUUAGUUGCCUAGCUGCUUGGUAUACACAUAUAUAUUUUGGUGCUGUUUAUAAUUAUAUAACAUGUGUAAACUCUCAACUAUUUAUUCCUUUUGUUGAAAUGGAUGACCAGCAAUGCUCCUCUAGCAUGGUCUGUGUGACAUAGACCAGCCCCCCCCCCCUUCCAUCCUCGGCUGACAUCACCUGUUGCAUAUCACAUGACAUACUAGCAGAUGAAAGAAGCGCCCUCUAUAUUUCAUGCUGAUUUCAUGCCCUCUAUAUAAGUUCACGCUGAUAUUGUGGAUGUCACCAAAAAAAAAAAGAAGACAAGUGCCAUUCAAGUUCAUCUUGGACACUUCAGUUACUCCCAGAAUUGUACCAAGCAUUCGAAGUUCGUGAAAACUCUCUUUAAAAUAAUACAGCACUAUUUCAAUUAUGUAAUCUCGUAUAUUUGUUAUCUGUUAAAGUAAGAUAAUUUGAAUUGCUAUACAGACGCUCAGAAAAGCUCAACAUUUCUCGGUAUUUAUUUAUAAAUCUGCACAUUUAUGUGUAUAAGUGUACACACACGUAUUUUUACAAACAACGUAUUUAUUACCAUUAACUUUAUUUGUUGUUGCAUGUGUAUAAAUUAUGUACAUAUGCGAGACAACCAAAAACCUUGAAUUGAGACAAAAAACCUAAAUUCUGUGACUUUUUGCCACCCUUAAAAAGGAGAGGUGAAUGUAACUUUUCAGUGAUUAGAUAAAAAGUACUCAUGGGAUUUUAUCAUUGUCAAUGCAUGUAUAUAUUGUAGCUUAAUAUCGUAUUUUUGUGACUUGUAUUUUUUGGUGAAGCUGAGAUAGAUAGAUUUUUAAUGUAAAAGCUGCGAAGGAUCCUGGUAAUUCUAAUAAGCUUAAUGGCUGGUCGCUAUAUGUUGCUGAGAAGUAUAUGAGUGUAAUGUAGUAAUAAUUUAAGAGGAGCAUUAGUUGUGGCAUUUUAACACUCUACCUUUAUUCAAUGAAGGCAUUAAAAGCAGAAAAUACUACCUUUUA